AUCGCGCGAGGAACAUGGCGUUAUCAGAGAUCACGGGGUCGCUUUCACUCGCUGAUAACGCGGCGGAUGCCGAUGGGUUUUGAUCUGAAAAAGGGGACCGAUCGUAAUCUCGCUUCGGCCAUGUUCUCCCGCGCUUCUCCCUUGAAUAUUCCCGAGUCGCGAAUGGCAAAUCUCGGCGACAAAGUUGACGAGAAGAAACAGAAAACGGAUCAGUUUCUGGAGUACACGCGAGAAGCGAUCUUGAUACUGCUGAGAAUCGUGAUCGUCGGAUCGGUCUUAAUCGCCGUGAUUGUCGCCUAUCUGAUAACGCGUCUGACGCACGCGACUCUGUUCCCUAUCAUCCUGCGGAAAGGUAUCGAGUUCCUCGGACCGAUCUUUAUCAAAUUCGGCCAAUGGAUAUCCACGCGGCGAGAUAUCUUUCCGCGGGAUGUCUGCGAUACGCUUUCGCAGCUUCAAUGGAACGCGACGUCGCACUCUUGGCAGGACACGGAGCACUUGCUCGAAAGUACGUACGGUCCGUCCUGGCGAGAUCUAUUCGUGAGAUUCGAUGAGGAGGAAUUGAUCGGCUCGGGAUGUUGCGCGCAGGUGUACAAAGCGUGGAUCGACUUGGACGCGGCGGACGUCCUGGCGGCACGAGAACGUUAUCGAUUGCCGCGUUUCAUAGAAAGUAAGCUAGAAAGUGUUUUCUCUUCUUGCACUCGAAACAUGUUCUUAUCAAUAAUUUCAGAGAAAACUUUUGAUCAAAGUGAUAAAUUUGCGUUUGCCAGUCCGCAUACCAGGAAAUUGCAAGUCGUAGCUGUAAAAGUAUUGCAUCCUGGAAUCGAAGACCGACUCAAAAGAGACAUCACGAUAAUGUCUGGUCUUUGUAAGUGCGCCUUGUACUUUAUACCGGAUCUGCAUUGGCUCAGUCUUACGGAUUGCAUCGACGAAUUCGCACGCAUAAUGGAAAACCAAGUAACUUUGCAACACGAAUAUUUCCUACGAUUUUUAUACUUCCUGCGUAAUAUGAGACCAAUCUUGUCCAAACAAAUUCCAUUGAGAAUCAUAUCUUCUCGGAGAUUAACCUUUAUCGCAAUCUCAACAAGUGCAAUAUUUAAGGAUAAUUUCAUCCACUGUGACUUGCAUCCGGGCAACAUUCUAGUUGAAAAAACGGCCGUUCCGAAGACAGGCAUGCUUAACACCUUUCGGCAGGUCAUUACCCCCGAUUACGUGGCAGACGACCCACGCUUGAUCAUACUGGACUGUGGUUUAGUGGUAUCGCUGGAUGAUCGCUGCCGACGAAACCUCCGAGAUGUUUUUUACUCGGUACUAAUGGGAAACGGUGAAAUGGCGGCGCAAUAUAUUUUGGAGCACAGUUCGCACAUGACUCCUGACCCGGAUGGGUUUAAACGUUCGAUGAAGGAGAUCGUUAAGUCUCACCUUCGAAAUCCAUUUAACGUUAGUAACACGAUAUUCCUGACACUUUGUAAUUUACGAAUCACCAAAACAAUGCAUCGCUUCAAUUUAUGAAAGUGUCUUGAUCUCGAUCAAGGUCACCUGCGAUGACCGUUAAUUUCUUUUCGCUUCGUAAAAUCGAUAUUCCAUUUCUAUUUUCAAAUAAGUAACCAUGUACGUAAACAUCGUACGAAGUAUCGCGCUACGUUACAACGAAAUAUCGUAGCGAUCGUAGCGAAAGAGCACACGCAUUAUGUAAAUAAUUAUACAGCGAGAGCGUCGGUAUAUAUGCCAUUAAGAGAUCGUAUAGAUUCAAUCAAAAUCGAUCGGCAAUUACUAGACUUGUUGCAUAUUUAACACGUAAGAGUAGACUAACCAGUUUUUAAUACCAGUUUUUAGUAUUAUGAUGUUGAUAACGGAUAGUAACGAUGAUUCUAUGAUAAAAAUAGCGCUUUUAUGCCGAAAAACUCCGCCAAGAGUCGAUGUCGAUGGACGUUGACUCUAAAUUGAAAGAAUUUAUUAAUGAAAUUAAGAUCACGAUUCGCUUUUACGAAACACUGUUCGCAGAAAUAAUUAUUGUACGCAUAGUUAGUCCGAAUAUUCGCACAGGUGAACGUGAGUACCGUUGUGUCGGAAUUAUUCUCCACGAUGGUUCGUCAUCGAGUCAAGCACGAUGGUUCCUUCAGCAGCGUGAUUCUCAGCA